AUGCAAAACCUGUACACUGCAACUGCACAGACACAGUCAUGUCGUUUGGUCGUUCCGCAAAAAAUCUUCAAGACUCGUGUGCUUGCGAACAAUGUGACUCGUAUAUUGCUCCUACACAGUCGUCCUGACAAUGACCUGUCGCUGGCUGACAAUGACAGCCCACUGAUAACACACAGUCGUCCUGACAAUGACCUGUCGCUCGCUGACAAUCACAGCCCACUGAUAGCACACAGUCGUCCUGACAAUGACCUGUCGCAAGCUGACAAUGACAGUCCACUGACAGCACACGGUCGUCCUGACAAUGACCUGUCGCUAGCUGACAAUGGCAGCCCACUGAUAUUACACAGUCGUCCUGACAAUGACCUGUCGCUAGCUGACAAUGACAGCCCACUGAUAAUACACAAUCGUCAUGACAAUGACCUGCCGCUAGCUGACAAUGACAGCCCAUUGAUAGCACACAGUCGUCAGGACAAUGACCUGUCGCAAGCUGACAAUGACAGUCCACUGAUAGCACACAGUCGUCCUGACAAUGACCUGUUGCUAGCUGACAAUUACAGCCCACUGAAAACACACAGUCGUCCUGACAAUGACCUGUCGCAAGCUGACAAUGACAGUCCAUUGACAGCACACAGUCGUCCUGACAAUGACCUGUCGCUAGCUGACGAUGAAAGUCCACUGAUAACACACAGUCGUCCUGACAAUGACCUGUCGCUCGCUGACAAUCACAGCCCACUGAUAGCACACAGUCGUCAUGACAAUGACCUGUCGCAAGCUGACAAUGACAGUCCACUGAAAGCUCACAGUCGUCCUGACAAUGAUCUGUCGCUAGCUGACAAUGACAGUCCACUGAUAACACACAGUCAUUCUGACAAUGACCUGUCGCUGGCUGACACUCACAGUCCACUGAUAACACACAGUCGUCCAGACAAUGACCUGUCGCAAGCUGACAAUGACAGCCCACUGAUAACACACAGUCAUUCUGACAGUGCCCUGUCUCUGGCUGACAAUGACAACCCACUGAAAACGCACAGGCCUCCUGACAAUGAGCUGUAGCUAGCUGACACGUCACCGAAAACACUCAGUCAUCGAGAACAUGACCUGUUGCUAUGUGACAAUGACACGGUCGUGGACAAACCAAUGCGUCUUGACAGUGACGUCAUAACAGCUGACAAUGACAGACUGCUCUCACAAAUUAGAUUAAUUGGCAGCAAGACGACAAGGCCAUAUAGGGAUUAACUAAAUUUGAUAGUUACUUAUUUAAAAGUUCCUAAUGAUUAAUCCGUUUAUGUACUAUAAACACGAUCCGAUGACGCAAGUAGCAAAAUUAUUGUAAAUGUUAUUUGUCCGACUGCUUGGAAAUCGCAAUUAAGUACAAAAUCGGAUUAACAAAACUUUUAUCUGUGAACUAUCAAAGACCAAAGAUCAGAAACAAAGCAUACGUCCAUUUGCCACCCACCGUUAUGAAGGAUCACCGACAAACCAGGGAUGGGGCGGUGAUCCAGACUUGUGGAUUGCAAACGGACGUUCAUAUCGCACCCAUUGUCGAAUAAAACAAUCAUUCUAAAUUA